AAGAGGAAGAGAAGGUGGGGUAUUUUGGUGCUGAUCGCCUGCAGCAUCUUUGUUGUUCUCGUAUCACCUGAUAUCUAUUAGUAUGGCUUAUGUCUUUGUCUGAUUGGUUCAGAUGAAACAGUUUUAUUGUCAAACAAAACAUUGACUGUCUUUCAUCGACAAGACAAGAAAGGUCUCUUUAUUACGGAAACAAGACAAAGGGUCCAGUUUCCAGAUGAUGCCAGAUGAUGCCCUCCGAGAUACAAAUAUGCCCCCGCCCCAUCGAGAUCAUCACCACCAUCACCAUCAUCGCCUCAUCAUUCUAUCAAUUCAUCUCCAAUAUAAUCAACCAACAUGCCGCUAUCCAGACUCCCCAAGGAAAUCCUCUUCCUGAUCUUCGACAAACUCGAUCGACCAGCGAUCCUCAGCCUGGUUCGGACUUCUCGUCACUUCCACGAUGUGGCCGUUACUAACUACUACAGAUCCCUCAGUCCUUCAAGCCUGCCUCUGAAGAAUCUGCUUCUUCUCGCCCGAACAUUCGCAGAAAGCCCUCAUCUAGCAAUGCUCGUCCGUCAUCUCGAUCUGAGUGAGUGGGUCGCGCGUGAAGAGGACCGCGCCGCUGCAGCUCAGGUAUACGAUGAUAACAUCGCCCUCCAGCUGUUCGACCCAGUCAGGAUGCAGCUCAGCAUCGGAGUCAACAAUCAAUGGCUGAAUGCUCUGAGAGCCCGCAAUCGCGAUGCCUGGAUAUCAGUAUUGUUGCCCAAGAUGCUGAAUCUGCAAACCUUGUAUCUCGACUACUCGCACAGCCCGGUUUGGACCCAGUUAGUUUUCAAACGCGCAGGCUGUGGAUUCAGGCCUUUCGACACUCUCCCUCGUUUCCGCUUUCUCAGCGAUGUGCGUCUCUCUGCCAACAAGGCCUGGGGCAACUGGGGCGUGUCUCUAUCCUGUGGUAUACCGUUCUUCAAACUCCCCAACGUGCAACGUAUUGCAGCUACUAAAGUAGUCAGUUGGGAGAUGAACCCUGCCAGCACCUGGCAUUACGCAUUUCCCACCCCCCAGCAUACGUCCACCGUCAAGGAGAUUUCCAUUGACCGCAUCGACAGCUGCGACGAGCUCGAAAGGUGGACCAACGCAUGCCAAGGGCUCAAGACGUUCCAUUUCGGCGCCUGGGACGACACUUCAAGUGCCAAUCAAACGUUCGACCCUGUCAGUCUGCGCGCGAUGCUCUACGCCAGUGAACCGACCCUCGAGGAUCUCACCGUCACAUUCAACUCGCUCGACUCGGAGCUACCAGACCACCCAGACCAUCAAGUUCCCGCACUCAACGCAUGGAUGAGAUCAUUGAAGAGAUUCAGGAUGCUGAAACACCUCCACAUGCGCUUUCCCAACCUCAUCGACGUGUCUGGCAGAAAUAAUCAAGACAUCACCGAUCCAGACCUCCUACACACGCUGGCCAACGACCUGCCCGAAUCACUUGAAACCCUUGUCAUCACCGACAACUACCCGGAGCAUUUUGAAUCACUGUUGCGCGAGCUGACCAGACUGCUCCAGAGCAAAAGUAAAUUCCCGAGCCUGUCCCGGAUUUCGCUGUGUAUGCUGGCUCGCGGUUUGCCGGAUGACAAUCUACCAGCGGACUUGGUUCGCAGGAGCUUGGUGCCUUUGACUGCUCUGGGUCAGAGUGUGGGAGUUGAGGUUCUGAGUACGGUUCAUACAGAGCCAUGA